AUGUCAGCUAGACCUGGAUUCGACGUGGCUAAUAUUAAUGUGGAAAAAAGGGCAGAAGCACAUCAGGAAUUCGUAAACCGAUGUGUGUUAUCGAAGAAUUUGAGAGUGUUGUUCAUUCCAAAUCCUGAUAAACUUUCCACAAAGGAACUUGUGAAAAAGUUUUUGAACGAAAUCAUAAUAUACAAGAACGAAAAGGACUGCAAUCCCCUCGGUUGGGCAAAACCCGCCGGUUCUUUUCAAAGAACAUCCAAUUUCAGAGCGGAAAUGAGUUCCAGCUUUUGGGACUUCUUUGUGGAAACCGGAAUUAAAAACUUUAUGGUAUACAACAAAAGUACUCAUCGUGCAAUCAAGGUAGUGCGAGACCAGACACUAAAAUUGAGUGAUGCUGAAAACCUCAGUUUAUAUCUGCGAAAGAAAAUAGUGAAAUAUUGUGAGAAGAAUAAAACAAACAUCACCGAAGUCUUAGUGAAAAACGGUAUAAUAACUUUGAAAGAAUUCACCAAAAAUGCAAAGAAAUAUAAGUCUACCACUUUGGCAAUAUUGCUUGGAUGGGAUUAUACCGACUGGAAGGGAGCAGCAAUAAAAGAAAUGCUCUCUGAUGAAGAGAAGUCAGAUUUCAAUGAAGCUGUUAUUUUACGAGCGAAUAGUGCAAAUAGUAGUAUAUAA